AUGACGGAUCACGGCGAUGCGGAGGAAGAGGACAACGAGAAGCAGAGUAGGUUGUCUCCGAGUCGCGGCAGCAGCAGCGCUGGCUCCGGAGGAGGAUGCCAGGCUUUGACCUCGAAGAGCGGCGACGAAGGGAGAGGGCUGGUGGACGUGUCUCCGCCGUGUUCUGACCAGGUGCUAAAGAAUGUGAUCGAGAAUGUGAUCGAGUACGUGCUGGAGUUCCUGACCUGCCGGCGCGACCGGAACGCCGCGUCGAUGGUGUGCCGGUCGUGGUACCGGGCGGAGGCGCAGACCCGUCGCGAGAUCUUCAUUGGCAACUGCUUCGCCGUGUCGCCGACCCGCGCCGUAGCACGGUUCCGCUUCGCCCGAGCUCUCGUCCUCAAGGGACGCGGGGAGUGGGGCUCCCGCUUCUCUCCCUGGGUCACCGCCAUGGCUGCGCCUUACCCCUGGCUCGAGCGGGUCUGCCUCAAGCACAUGACCGUCUCCGACGCCGAUCUCGGACUCCUCGCCCGCUCCUUCCCUUCCUUUGGCGACCUCACCCUCAUCUCCUGCAGCGGAUUCGGCACCCGCGGACUCGCUGACGUCGCCGGGCUUUGCAGGAAUCUGAGAGUGCUAGAUCUGAUCUCGAGCGAUGUAAAGGAUGAGGACGAGCAGGUGGCGGAUUGGAUUUCCCGGUUCCCCGAGACGACCACCUGCCUCGAGUCGCUGUCCUUCGAAUGCGUGACUUGCAUGAUAAAUUUCGCCGCCUUGGAGGCGCUCGUCACCCGCUCGCCCCACCUGCGCUGCCUGCGGGUGAACCAGCAUGUCUCCGUCCACCAACUCCGCCGCCUCAUGGAGCGCGCGCCGCCGCAGCUAGCAAAGCUCGGCACCGGCUCCUUCCGCUGGGUGCCCGCUGCCGGCGCUCCAGAAAGGUCUCUAAACCUCGACCUCAACGACUUCGAGUCUGCCUUCGCCGCUUGCAAAUCCCUCGUCUGCCUCUCGGGAUUCCGCAUGCUGGAGUACCUGCACCUUCCGUACGCUGUUUGCUCAAACCUCAUCUCCCUCAAUCUGAUGUACGCCUUGAUCACCCCGGAGCAGCUCGAGCUCACCAUUACAGAAUGCUACAAUCUCCGCACUUUUUGGGUUCUUGAGACCAUUGGAGAUAAAGGUCUGAAAUUAGUGGCCGAGAUUUGUAAGGAUCUCACCGAGCUCAGAGUAUUUCCUAUCAAUCCCUCUAUGAACUACUAUAGCGAUGGCGUGUCUGAUUCCGGUCUCAUGGCCAUCGCUGAGGGUUGUCCUAAACUCCGCACUAUUCUCUACUUCUGCCGAGGUAUGACAAAUGCAGCUAUGGUAACCAUGUCACAGAAUUGCCCCGAUCUAGUUGUCUUUCGCCUUUGGAUGAUAGGCCGCUACCGCCCUGAUCGGGUCACCGGAGAACCCAUGGAUGAAGGGUUUGGAGCCAUUGUCAUGAACUGCAAGAAGCUAACCAGACUUGCUAUUUCCGGCCUCUUGACAGAUAAAGUUUUUGAAUACAUUGUCAACCGUGGGAAGUUAAUACGAACCCUUUCGGUCUGGUUUGCCCAGAACACUGAGCCGUAUUUAAAAUAUGUUCUUGAAGGAUGUCCGAAUUUGCAGAGGCUCGAGAUCAACGGCAGCAACUUCAGUUAUGCAGAACUCCUCUCGGCGAUCCAUCGUUUUUACAACAUGAGAAUCGUGUGGCUGAAUUUGGGCCAAAUAUCACUGAGAACUUGCAAGGAAGUGGCUCGGAGGCUGCCUCACUUGGUGGUCAUGUGGUGCCAGGGACAAGAUAUCUUUAGUGGGAAAAAUGUGUACUUAUAUCGGUCCUUGGAUAAACCGAGAAAAGAUGAAUCACCUGUUUUUAAGAUCUUGUGA